AUGGCCUCAUCAGCGUUGAACUAUGCAUCCCAGCUGCGUCGUAACGACAAUAAGGGCCCGUGCGGCGGUGCCCAACUGUUUGACACCCCCGCCGAGGUGUCUCGGAAAUUCAAAAAGCUGUCUACCCUUCUCAGCGAUUCCAAGUACACCUUAUUGCACACUGGAGCAGGGAUUUCCACGGCAGCCGGUAUACCCGACUUUCGUGGGCCGUCCGGUGUGUGGACCGUCAUGAGCCUGCAAAACGGCGGUGAGGGUAAGCGGCGCAAGAUGACGGAUGGUGACUGCACGGCUAAGAACACCGGAGACGUGGCGGUGGAAUAUGGGCACAAGAAGCUGGAGCCGGUUGAAUUUUCGCAGGCCAUGCCCUCCGAGGCUCAUCUGGCCAUCUUGGCACUGCUGCGUGCAGGGCACGUGCAAGCAGUGAUCACCCAGAACAUCGAUGGCCUGCACGCAAUCAGUGGCAUGCGUUUCUCCGAAUGUUCUGAGCUGCAUGGCAACGUGUUCAUCGAACGUUGCAUUUCGUGCGGCCGCCGUUUCCUGAGGCCGUACGUGGCUCCAACCAUCAGCUUCAAGCCGACUGGGAACCACUGCGGCAUAUGCCACUUCCCACCGUGUGGAGUGCUAACGGACGUGGUUCUGGAUUGGUUCGACCGUUACGAGGACCACUUCGAGAAGCGCGCUAUAUCGUACGCUGAGGAAGCUGACCUCCACCUAGCGCUGGGCUCGUCGUUGCACGUGGAACCCGCAUGCCACUACGCGUCUUCCGAACACUACCGCAAGGAGGACGCCCCGCUGGUUAUCGUGAACUACCAGAAAACGCGUUUGCAUGGUGAAGCAGACGUUGUUCUACACUGCGACGUGAACAAGAUUUGCACGCGGCUGCUGAAGAGUUUGAAUGUGGCUUUACCCAAGUUUCUGCGGCAUUUCAACAUGGUGGCUCUGCAUUACAGGUUUGGCGGCCACAACAAGCUGCUUCUGCGUUUCCCGUGCAUCAUCAGCAUUUUUGUCAACGACGAGUAUGCUUCUCUCAGCGGCGUAUCGCACCGUUGUAUCGAUAGGGUCCAGGGGUUGCACGAGUUCACGUUUACCGGCGAUUUCGAGGCCAUUCUAAAAUUAUGGUUCGACGCCGAAUUGGUAUUGAGGGCACGGUUUUCGCCUGAUUGCUCGUUCUCCGGGCUGGUGUGGCAACUCUGCCUUGCAGCAACGGAUGGCGUUUUAUCACACCGCAAGAACACCCAAAUCGCACACGAGUUCGACGACGCAGGCGGUGAGGAUCCUAUAUCGGUUGCUAGGUUGACGUUGUCCUACAACGCCGCCAUGAUCGCAAAGUCUGACGCAUGCCGCGUCAUCGCUAAAUUGUGUUCUGAGGACAAUACGAUCCCCGGCUUCAACGCUAGGGCCAUACCGGAAUCAAUUUGCAGGCUCUUAACGUGCUUCACGUGGCUCUUCACUUCCGGUGACGGACCGUUCGCCGCACUAGCCGAGAUUAAAGAAGAUGUCGAUUGUCUAGAGGAGUUCGAACCGAUAGACCACCUUGAUCUGUUGCCCGAGGCGAUGCGCGUAUGCGUCCGCCUUGCCCUCCAGCGACAGCUGGGUACCGUCUGCAAAAACCAGUUUUGCAUCGACAUAAAAGCGUUGAACGCCGCACGAAACGAGCCCUAUACACUGGACGUGUAUUUUGCAACUAGUGAAAUACGGUUGCUUUGCUCACCGGAACACGAGUUCGGGGAGCUGCUGGAUGCCAUAUCAGGGGAAAUGCGCAUGUGUCUACCCAGGAAGAUCAGGCCCAUCGCUUUAUGCCGAGCGUCGUCAUUCAACCCGCUAAAUGAACUUUUCCUUACGGUGCUGAGGAGCAGUAUGGAAGCCGUGAUGAAGCGCCAGUCGACGACAGCGGCUGACGUGAAGCUCAUCAAAGCAGUACAAACCGAGUUCCCCGUAUGGGUUGCUUGCUAUAUAAGCUGCCUAUUCGAGUGCCGCUAA